UGGGGAUUUAAAGACAGAACAGUGUGCAGCUGGGAUGCAUUCUGGAUGCCCAGGAACCACUGAGGAGCUGAGUCAGUGAAGUGCACAAGUACAACAUUGGACAUCUCAGGCACUUGAGACAUGAAUCCUGCUGUCUUCCUAGUCAUCCUGUGCUUGGCAGUGGCCUCAGCUGCUGAAUCCCCUGAUGUCACUCUGGAGGUCAAAGAUCAAGAGGCGACGAUAACAAAUGAGAAGCCGAAAGAAGAAGAAUACAGAAGAAUGAUAUGGGACCAGUUUAUGAAGAAGAUUGAAGUCUACAAUAAGAAAAAAGGCCUGGAGAACGAGGACAUCAGCCUAGAAAUGAGUGUGUUUGAUGACCUGACUGAUAGCGAAUUCACAAAAUUGAUGAAUGAAGUUUUAUUGCCAAUGUUUGAUGGGGAGGAGAAGACUCAAACACAGCCAGUUGGUGAUGCCGUUAAGUUUGAAUAUUCGCCAGCGAGUGGUGAUGUCCAGGAUCAGCCACAGUAACAUGGAUGGCAACGUAAAGCAGCCAAGGAGUGAAGCGACAACUGUGCCUUUGUCUCAGAGCCUCCUGCCCCAAGAUGUGAGCUGCCUGAUGGUGAGGAAGAAGAUCUGACGUGGGGGAAGGGAGCAGAGCAGAAGGGACCUCAACAUCACAGGAUCCAACACUCAAAUCCCUUCAGAGCCACACUGUGGUGUGAACUCCAGGGCAUGAUCACACUAGAAUAAAAAACCUUACAAACACGUUAACCCAUGUUCUCAGCUCCUUUACAUUAAUGAUUCUCAGAAUUCUUAGAUGUAACUUUUGAAAAGAUCAAGUAAAACUUUGUCUUUAAAAUAAAGCUUUAUUUAAAAUACA